AGCUAAGGCGGGUCUUUGGAAAUUGCCUGCCACCCUUCCCACCAAAGUACUAUUUGGCAAUGACCACAGCUAUGGCUGAUGAGAGAAGGAACCAACUGGAACAAUAUUUGCAAAAUGUAACCAUGGACCCAAACGUGUUGAGAAGCGAUGUCUUCGUUGAGUUUUUAAAACUGGCACAGCUGAAUACAUUUGACAUCACCCCCAAGAAAGCUUAUCUGGACAUAUUUCUGCCCAAUGAAGAGAGUAUUAAAAUCGAAAUUAUAACAUCAGACACUGCUGAAAGAGUCCUAGAGGUGGCAUCACACAAAAUUGGACUGUGUCGGGAGCUCUUGGGCUACUUCGGCCUCUUUCUCAUUCGGUUUGGCAAGGAGGGCAAGCUCUCUGUUGUGAAAAAAUUGGCCGACUUUGAACUCCCUUAUGUUAGUCUUGGAAGUUCUGAAGUGGAAAACUGUAAGGUUGGACUCCGAAAGUGGUAUAUGGAUCCAUCCCUCGACUCCACGCUGAUGGACUGCAGGGCGGCCCUAGAUUUGCUCUACAUGCAG